GUGGGUUAGUCGAGACUGCUGUGCUGUCAGCGCGCGGAGUCACGGGCUUCUCCACUCUGGCUUUGGUUGCUGCUCCACCGACGCGCGUGAUUUGGAGCUUUUUCCUGAAUUGAUGAUCCACAUCUGCGUGAUUAUUGCAUGGAUUGCGAGCCGCCAAGAGCCUGAUGUGACAGAGGGGAAGAUCCAGACGAGCAUCCGAGCGCCCACGGAGAACUCAUUUCAAGCGUCGCACCAACUCUGUUAGAAGACUUGAGCCAUGCCCUGCGUCCAGGCUCAGUAUGGAUCAUCACCUCAAGGAGCGAGUCCUGCUUCCCAGAGUUACAGCUACCACUCAGGAGAGUACAGCUGCGACUUCCUCACGCCCGAGUUUGUAAAGUUUAGCAUGGACUUGACCAACACUGAGAUCUCGGCCACCACAUCUCUGCCCAGCUUCAGCACCUUCAUGGACAACUACAACACCAGCUACGACGUCAAGCCCCCCUGCCUCUACCAGGUGCCCCACUCGGGAGACCAGUCCUCCAUCAAAGUGGAGGAGAUGCACAGCUACCACCAGCAGAGUCACCUGCCUCCACAGACGGAGGAGAUGAUGGUGCACUCCGGGUACUUCAAACCAUCCUCUCCGCACGCUCCCAGCACUCCCAACUUCCAAGUGCAGCCCAAUCACAUGUGGGAGGACCCCGGCUCUCUGCACAGUUUCCACCAGAACUAUGUCACCUCUCAUAUGAUGGAUCAGCGCAAGAACCCGGUGUCGAGACUCUCCUUGUUCUCCUUCAAGCAGUCUCCUCCGGGAACCCCGGUGUCAAGCUGUCAGAUGCGCUUCGACGGGCCGCUGCACGUCUCGAUGACGCACGACAACCCGCACCGCGGCCUGGACGGUCAGAGCUUCGCUGUGCCCAGCGCCAUCAGGAAACAGGCGGGUCUGACCUUUCCGCACUCCCUGCAGCUCGGACACCAGUUGGUGGACAGUCAGGUUCCGUCGCCCCCUUCUCGCGGAUCCCCGUCCAACGAGGGUCUGUGUGCGGUGUGUGGGGACAACGCAGCGUGUCAGCAUUACGGAGUGAGAACCUGCGAGGGCUGCAAGGGAUUUUUCAAGCGCACCGUCCAGAAAAACGCAAAAUACGUGUGUUUAGCAAACAAAAACUGUCCGGUCGACAAACGCAGGAGAAACCGCUGCCAGUUCUGUCGUUUCCAAAAGUGCCUAGUGGUCGGCAUGGUGAGAGAAGGUAUGUUCAGGCCAGUUGUGCGAACGGAUAAUUUAAAAGGUCGAAGAGGACGUCUGCCAUCCAAACCCAAAAGCCCCCAGGAGCCUUCACCUCCGUCGCCACCCGUGAGCCUCAUAAGCGCGCUAGUUCGGGCCCAUGUGGACUCCAACCCCUCCAUGUCAGCGUUGGACUACUCCAGAUUCCAAGCGAACCCUGACUACCAAAUGGCCGGAGACAACACUCAGCACAUCCAGCAGUUCUACGACCUGCUGACCGGCUCCAUGGAGAUCAUCCGAGGGUGGGCCGAGAAGAUCCCCAGCUUCUCCGAUCUUCCCAAGCAGGACCAAGAUCUUUUAUUCGAGUCGGCUUUUCUGGAGUUGUUCGUGCUGCGUCUUGCGUACAGGUCCAACCCGGUGGAAGGGAAGCUCAUUUUCUGCAAUGGAGUGGUGCUGCACCGGCUACAGUGCGUGCGUGGAUUUGGAGAGUGGGUGGACGCCAUCGUGGAGUUUUCGUCGAACUUGCAGAGCAUGAACAUUGACAUUUCAGCGUUCUCCUGCAUCGCGGCGCUGGCCAUGGUCACAGAACGGCACGGGCUGAAGGAACCGAAGCGAGUCGAGGAUCUGCAGAACAAGAUCGUCAACUGCCUGAAAGAUCAAGUGACUUUCAACGGCGGAGGCUUGAAUCGGCCCAACUACUUGUCAAAACUUUUGGGGAAGCUCCCAGAACUGCGCACGCUCUGUACACAAGGUCUGCAGCGCAUCUUUUACCUAAAACUAGAAGAUCUUGUCCCACCUCCUGCGAUCAUUGACAAACUCUUCCUCGACACACUCCCUUUCUGAGUGGCACGAACUCUUAAAAGAAAAAAAGAGAGACUCGUUUAAGUAACCCCAUUUUAAACUUCUGAAUACUCUAAUAAUAUCGAACAAGAGCAAGGAAAAAAAAUACGUGGAUGAGAUAUUGAAUGCUGUUUAUUUAUCGUUGCCAAACAACGUCAUCCAUUUAAUCUUGUAAUUACUGAUUAAGAUGUAAUAUACUACACGCACACAAACCCACACGAACACGCACACACGCGCUCGCGUUGUACAUCAGAUUACUGCAUCGGUUUGUACAAACUUUGUUAUAAUGAAAUUAUUUAAUUUUGACUUCGUGCCUAUGUGUUUCUGACAGGACCCCUCCCCAAAACUAUCCAGAAAAGAAAACGCAUGUUUUA